AUGCCAGAAUUAGAAGCCCAAAAACUUGAAGAGGAGGAAGAAAUCAAGAACGAAUCUAACGCAGGUCCAGACAUGGAUGAUGAUGAAGAUGCCCCAUCUGGAAAGAGAGAAAGAAGAAAGAUUGAAAUCAGAUUCAUCCAAGAUAAAUCAAGACGUCAUAUUACUUUUUCAAAAAGAAAGGCCGGUAUCAUGAAGAAAGCCUACGAAUUAUCUGUUUUAACAGGAACCCAAGUUUUAUUGUUAGUUGUUUCUGAAACUGGUUUGGUUUACACUUUUACCACUCCAAAAUUACAGCCUUUGGUUACUAAACCAGAGGGCAAAAAUUUGAUUCAAGCAUGCUUGAAUGCUCCUGAAGAAGGUGCCGAGGAAGCUGAAGAAGAACCAGCUCCUCAACCAGCCCAAACUCAGCAACCAACUCCUCAACCAGUCGUAACACAACCACAAGUGCCAGUCUCAGCUCCUCAAGCUCAAGCUCCACAUCCACAGGCUCAUUAUCCACCUCAAGGUAUGCCAAUGAAUUAUAUGCCAAAUCAAGCAUAUGGUAAUUAUCCACCUUUUGAUCAAAUGAACCAACAAUAUCAGUAA